UCCAGCUGCUUUGCAUGUCGGCGGGUGCGAGGGAGAGUCGAGGGGCGGCGGGCGACAUUCUGGGCCCUGCGCGCUCCUCUCUCUGCGCCUCCCGGUUCACGCCCAGGCUGGGGCAGACCAGGCUGGCUUGUGAACUUGGGGUUUCCCCUUUUCGCUCCCAUUCGUGCUGUGGUCGUGAAUUCAUCCAGGGUCCAGAAUGACGAUCCGACACCAAGGCCAGCAGUACAGGCCGAGGAUGGCUUUUCUCCAAAAGAUUGAAGCGCUGGUGAAGGACAUGCAGAACCCAGAGACGGGAGUCAGAAUGCAGAACCAGAGGGUCUUGGUCACCAGCGUCCCUCACGCCAUGACAGGAGGUGAUGUUCUACAAUGGAUUAUCCAGCGGCUUUGGAUCUCUAACCUGGAGGCACAGAACUUGGGCAACUUUAUUGUCAAGUAUGGCUACAUCUAUCCUUUGCAAGACCCCAAGAAUCUUAUCCUCAAGCCUGACAGCAGUCUCUACCGGUUUCAGACACCAUAUUUCUGGCCCACUCAGCAAUGGCCAGCUGAAGACACAGACUAUGCCAUCUAUUUAGCUAAGCGAAAUAUCAAGAAGAAAGGAAUUUUAGAAGAAUAUGAAAAGGAAAACUAUGAUUUCCUCAACAAAAAAAUUAACUACAAGUGGGAUUUUGUCAUCAUGCAGGCCAAAGAGCAGUACCGGACUGGAAAGGAAAGGAACAAAGCCGACAGGUAUGCGCUGGAUUGCCAGGAGAAGGCGUAUUGGCUGGUGCACCGAAGCCCACCUGGAAUGAACAAUGUGCUGGAUUACGGCCUGGACCGAGUAACCAAUCCAAACGAAGUUAAGAAACAAACGGUCACUGCUGUCCGAAAAGAGAUCAUGUAUUACCAACAGGCCUUAAUGAGGUCCACAGUGAAGUCUUCGGUGUCCCUUGGAGGAAUUGUCAAGUACAGUGAGCAAUUCUCCUCCAAUGAUGCCAUCAUGUCAGGCUGCCUCCCAAGCAAUCCUUGGAUAACAGAUGAUACCCAGUUCUGGGAUUUAAAUGCCAAACUGGUGGAGGUCCCAACUAAGAUGCGUGUAGAGCGAUGGGCCUUCAACUUCAGUGAGCUGAUCCGGGACCCCAAGGGUCGUCAGAGCUUCCAGUACUUUCUCAAGAAGGAAUUCAGUGGGGAGAACCUGGGAUUCUGGGAAGCCUGUGAGGACCUGAAGUAUGGAGAUCAGUCCAAGGUCAAAGAGAAAGCAGAGGAGAUUUACAAGCUGUUCCUGGCACCAGGUGCAAGACGAUGGAUCAACAUAGAUGGCAAAACCAUGGACAUCACCGUGAAGGGGCUGAGACACCCCCACCGCUACGUGCUGGAUGCAGCUCAGACUCAUAUUUAUAUGCUCAUGAAGAAGGAUUCUUACGCUCGCUAUUUAAAAUCUCCGAUCUAUAAAGAAAUGCUGGCCAAAGCCAUCGAACCGCAGGGAACCACCAAGAGAAGUUCUACCCUCCCAUUUAUGAGGCGUCAUCUGCGCUCCAGCCCAAGCCCCGUCAUCCUGAGGCAGCUGGAAGAGGAAGAGAAAGCUCGAGAAGCGGCCAACACAGUGGACAUCACCCAGUCAGGUCAGCACUUGGCUCCCAGCCCUCACCUGGCCGUGUACACAGGGACCUGCGUGCCUCCCUCUCCUUCCAGCCCUUUCUCCCCAUCCUGUCGUUCCCCCAGGAGGCCCUUUCCCUCACCAAGUCGCUUCAUCCGGCGGCCCAGCAUCGCCAUCUGCCCCUCUCCCAUCCGAGUGGCCUUGGAGAGUUCUUCAGGCCUGGAGCCCAAGGGGGAAACCAGCUGGUCUGGUGCCAACUGUGGGCCCUCAGUCACUGAGAGCAGUGAGACCUCUGUGGACCAGACAAGACCACAUGGCCAACCCAGGGCUCCUCCCAAGGCCCGUGUGGCUCUGUCCCUUGGAAGGUUUCUGAGACGGGGCUGUUUGGCAUCCCCGGUUUUUGCCAGACUCUCACCCAAGUGCCCCGCUGUUUCACACGGGAAGGUGCAGCCUCUGGGGGACAUGGGCCAACAGCUGCCCAGGCUGAAACCCAAGAAAGUGGCCAACUUUUUCCAGAUCAAAAUGGAAAUGCCUACUGACAGUGGGCCUUGCCUGAUGGAUUCUGAUGACACCGGGGCUGGAGAGUCUGGUGACCAGACUACGGAAAAGGAAGUCAUCUGUCCUUGGGAGAGCCUGGCUGAGGGGAAGGCAGGCUGAGCAGGGCCUUGGGCUGGGAAGACCAUCAG